AUAUGAUAAGGCAAUCUCUUGGAUAGAUUAAGCAUUAUAAAUUGAUCCAAAUAAUUGUAAUUCAUUAUUUACUAAAGGUAUGUUUAUAUUUUAAUUUAUUAGCGGAAAUUUUAAGGGGACUAAAUUAAUUUUCUGGAGCAAUCAUUUUUGCAGAUUAAGCUUUAUCAAUAAAUCCAAAGCAUUGUAAUUCAUCAUAUUCAAAAAGUACUCAUAUUUUUUUAUUUAAAGGUGUUUCAUUAUUUUCAUUAAAUCAAUUUAAUGAAGCUCUGA